AUGUGCGGUCCACCUGAAGAAAGCAUUCGACAGAGCCUCAAAGACAUCUUCCAAACUGAAGACAUCAUACGGGCAAUCAUCGCCGGCCGCAGCCUAGAAGAAGUCAGCAGCACCUUCGGCAUUCCAGCAUGGCAAAUCACCCUCCGCAUCGCCAACUUCGGCUCUCAGGCUGUUCAGCUCGCCGCAUUCCGCUGUGCUGAGCCCAUCGGCGGCGCCUGCGAGAUCCACUGUACUAAUGUAAUCUCAUUUACCGAAAGACAGAGCAAGGUGGUUGCCAUGGAGGCGAUGGCGGGAAUGAUGACCGGUAUGGAGUAUCCAUGGGCGUUGUUGAUGGCGGAAUGCAACUGCGCAAGAGCCAUCGCUGAGUCCGACGAAGACGAGAGCAGUACCGGCGAUGGCAGCGUUGGAGAUCGGGGAUUGUUUGCAAAGAGCCAGAAGGCAGCCAAGGAAGAUGGGGCAAAUGGUGCGAAGGAUGAAGGGAAAGCCAAGGGGAAGACGGUCACUGGUGAAGCUGGCGUCAAGAAAGGCGGUGCUCAUGCUGGAACUGCUGCUGAAGGAAAGAAAUCACCCAUCCUGGUCCUGAACUUUCCACCAACAGGCAAAGCUCGUCCCGUCAAGCACACUCAUGCCCCGCCAGCCUGA